AUGCGUCGCAAAGAGACGCUCCUGGUGCAUAACAUCCCCAAAUUCCGCGAGCUUCAUCGUUUGUGCUCUGGCAAGCAUGUGCAUCUGGGAUGGGGCCGGGUCGGCCGUGCGUGGGCAACAAGCGCUGAGACGGCCUACCCCUGGGGCCUCUGCAAAUGCAUGGCGAGCUUGCUGAAAGAUCACUUUUUGGAACUUGGCUGUCGCCAAUCUCCCAAAGCUAUUGAUGAAGGCGCGCCCGCCAUCCAAGGCGCUCGUGCCUUCACUGGAGCCCAAACUCGCAAGCGCGUGCCUCCGCUGCUUAGCGAAUUCGCUUCGGUUCACACUGUCACUGUGCCUUCCAAUCUUGCCGCUUCUUUCUUGCGCCCUGGCCACAACCUUCCGUGGAAGCCCGGAGAUGCUGCUGCUUGUUCUCCGCCAAUCGAGUGCUUCCCGGCAGGUAGCCGUGUCCUUCGUGCCCAUGUGGUGCGCAAGGGGAUUGAGGCGUCUCUCGGACUGAAUCCUGACGAUACCGAGGUUCGAGAAGCCAUGAUGUCGGGCUCUGCUGAGCGGGUGGCUUCGCUUAUAAACAAGUUGCCUAAGGUACACCGCAAAGACUUGUCCCUGUUGCUUGACUUGCUUCCUUCAGAACCUCUUCGCUGGGAUGGCGAUGCUGGAGCGAAAUCGUUCCAAGGUGGCAGCUUUGUUCACGGCCCGAUGUGCGGGGUGCGAUCAACGACCAAACAGUUCCCGGAAACUGUGAAAGCAAUGUGCUCUUAUGUCAAGGGCCUUUUUCCAGGUUUGGAGUUCGGAACUGUUGGGAUGUUCAGGGAUGUGUCAGCUCAGCCACAUCGGGACUCGAAUAAUGAAGUCUCCACAGACAAUGCAAUUGCUGCGCUAUCAGAUUUUUCUGAUGGCUCCCUGUGGAUGGAAGAUCCUGCGGGUGACGUCGAGCUUGAAAUCAAAGGUCGCACAGUGAGAGGUGUUUGCAUCCCCGUCACUCAUGAAGGCUUCAGGUUCGAUGGCCGUCGCCUUCAUUGCACCAGGCCUUGGACAGGCCGGCGUGACGUUAUUGUUGCGUACAUGCCGAGGGGGCCUAAGAACCUUAAAGCUGAGCACGCCUCUUUCUUGACGAGCCUGGGAUUUGUGCUUGAUCGAGCGACCUCGGGGUCCCAAGUCUCGCCUGGGGACGUGACUAAGGCUGUCAUUGGUGUGUACCGCACACCAUCACAGUUUGUUGAACAGGCAAUCAAGGUUGGGCACCCCACGCAGCUCUCCGCCCUCAUGCCCUCCGAGAUCUCCUGUGCCGUCCGGAGAAUCCAUAAAGAAGGUGAGGCCAAUGUGGCCAAGGAGCGCACCGCAACACUUCGCCGGUGGGUUAGCAGAGCAGCCGAUUUAGAGCCAGCCGAGCGCGCGCUAAAGGCUGAUCUUCCUCAGUUUCGAAAGGAUGUUCUUAGUCCUAAACGCCUCGCUCUUUUCGAGGAGCUGUUGCUUGAAGUGGGACAUGAGGACGUUGACCUUGUCAAAGACAUUGCUCAUGGGUUUGACUUGACGGGCAAGCUGCCUAGAUCGAAUGUUUUCGCUAAGCGCUUUCGUCCUGCGGAGCAGAGUGAAUCUCAGCUUCGAUCCAGCGCUAAGAGACUGCGUGAUGGUCUCCUGGCCACGAUCAAAGCUUCGGAGGAUCCUGUGAUUGACCAAGGUGUUCUUAAAGCGACGAUGAAAGAACUUGAGCGCGGCUUCGUUGAUGGACCUUUGUCUCCAGACCAGAUCCCUGAAGAUGCGUCCUUGACGCAUCGCUUCGGAGUCAUUCAGGGGAGCAAUGAAGAAGGUCCAAAGGUGAGGCCCAUAGAUAAUUACCUGUCUUCUCAAGUAAAUGCUGCAGUCACGCAGGUUGAGCAAGUCAGCGUGCACACCAUUGACGUGGUGGCCGGGAUGCUGGCCUGGUGGUUGAAUGAGUGGUUCAUCAGCGGGCGCCCAGAGCACAGCACGCCAGUGUGCAAGGCGUGGGAUCUGCGUACCGCCUAUAAACAACUCCCCCUUUCGGAUUUGGCUUAUGCCUUAGAUAGUUUCUUUGUGCUCUUCAACAUUGAGCGUGGGGCGAGCGAAAUCUAUCGCCAGCGAGUGCUUCCCUUCGGCUCAACGGCCAGUGUGACCAGCUUCAUAAGAACGGCUUACGCCAUUUGGAAAUUAGGUGCCGUAGGGUUGACUCUUGUCUGGAGUGAAUAUUUUGACGACUACUUGAACCUUUGCGGCAAAGCCUUUGCUCGGCAUAACGACUUUGUAAUCUCCAUGUUCUUCCAACUGCUGGGGUGGGAGAUCUCGAAGGACAAGGAGCUCAACUACGAUGCACUUUGCGUCGUCCUAGGAGUGCAAGUGAACCUUCGUGAUGCCAAGCUCGGUUUGGCUUACUUGGAGAACACCGUGAAGAGGCGGACUGAGGCGUUGUGUGACAUUGAGCGGGCUUUGGCAACCGGGAAGCUUGAACCUAAAGAAAGUGAAAAGCUAAGGGGCCGGUUGCAGUUCGCCUGUUGCCAAAUUUUUGGUCGGCGACCAAAGGCGGCUCUGAAGUUGUUGUCGCAGCACUCCAGGCAACGCAGAUGGGACGUUAACCAACUCACGCGGCUCGCACUCACUCAGCUGAAAAGUUUCCUUGAAAGUUCCAAGCCACGUCCAGUCAGGGCGCGACGUGAAGACUUUGUCCAUGUGUAUGUGGAUGCUUCCUUCGAGCCAAACGGCCAUUGUGGUUUGGGGGGAGUAGUCUUCAACUCUUCUGGUGAGGCGUUGUGCUGGUUUGGUCAAGCUGUUGCGCCAGUACAUGUGCAGAAGCUUUUGAAAGCUGGUGACCGCGAAAGAGAGACAGUGAUUUUCGAGCUCGAGGCGCUUGUGCUCAGCAUCUGCCUCGAGGCCUUUCGCCCUUACGUCGAGAGGAAAGGUGUGGUCAUUUUCACUGACAAUGAGGGCGUGUUCGGAAGCUUCGUCAGAGGCCAUAGUGACAAUGCUUCUUGUGCUGCCUUGAUCGACUUCUUUGCUUGCUGCGAAGAGAGCCUUGAAACGAUCUGCUGGCUAGAUCGUGUGCCAUCCUCUUCUAAUCCUGCAGACGACCCCUCGCGUGGCGUCAGUAUCCGAGGUGCACCACGUGUCGAUCUUGAUGUGAAUCUCUUGAGUCGCGCUACUCUGGUGCGCCUCCUAGCCUCCGGAGCUGUGCUGGGCUUUUCAGCCGAUCCUCCCGCGGGAAGCUUCUCGACUGCUAACUCCAGAGCCUGGCGGACCGCCGCUGAGCCGUGCGGCCGCGCAGACCUUCCUGUGGAACAUAGGCUCCGCGCAAGCAGGGACAAUCUGCUUUGUGAGUUCUGUGUUCUUUUGGCUGACGUCGCCAUCGCGCGGGGACUUGAGUUCGUGAUCUCCAACCCUGUGAAAUCGUGGUUCUGGAAACAGCCCUGCUGGGCCAGCCUGGCGAGGCGGUAUGAGGACUUCUUCGCCGACGCAUGCCGCUUUGGAGCUCCCUGGCGAAAGUCUACAAGAUUCAGGUGCAGUGGUCAACUUGGAGGCCAGAGCAUUCGAUGCGCUUGUGCCCGACCUCACGUGCAACUUCGCGGUCGCUGCUCUGCUCGUGGUGUAUCCUGGACGGUGUUGGCCGAGCCUUUCCCUCGGAGGCUGGCCCGCCUCGUCGGUUCUGCGAUUGCUCAAGACGUGGGAUUCUUUGACCGACACAGGCGCCUGGACAUCUCCCGCUGCGCCAAGGCCGGAGCUGGGCGGAUUGGUGAGGCUUCUCAUCCGGGGCCGGCUCGCUCUCAGCCUCGGACCCCUGCCUGCCUGAGUGAAGUGGAGCUGGUCGAGCCACGCACUGCUGCGGUUCGCGACAAGCACUGGGCCGCCUUCAUUGCUUACCUUCAGUCCGAGCUGGGGCGAGACGGAGUCGCUUCGACCCUCGAAGUUCCUGGACUUUUGGUCAGCAUGUUGUGCAUCUACGCUCAGAUCCUUUACGACGCUGGCACCCCGCUGUGCUACUAUAGGCAGCUGCUGGCUCACGCCCAACUGGUCGUGCCUCAGGCCCGACCGAUCAUGCGACCGGCUUGGGACUAUGUCACACGGUGGGAGCGAUUGGAGCCCUUGCAGCAUCGCCCUCCGAUUCCGGAAGUGCUGACUCGAGCUCUCGCUUCUGUCAGCAUCUCCUGGGGCUGGUCCGAUUUGCAGACUUUGGAGGAGUCCCUUGCGCGCGUCUGGGUGAACCAGUCGGAAGGGCUUGAACAGGUGUGUGCCAAGAUGGCCAAGUUCAAACACACUUCUUGGGAGGUUAUGAUCAACGAGGAAAGAAAUCUUGCCGUGAAUAAGUGGCUCAGCCUGGUCAUGGUCGAGCCCUUGACCUUCGGUGUAGCUAGGAACUUCUACGCCGGCAAGGCGUCGGGGAUCUCUUCGGGAUCACUUGCUGACAGCAUUUCGGAUUGCCUUGCUGCCAAGGCCACUUCGACGAUCAAUGCCAGGGCUAAUUGCUUGUUGCGGUUUGUUUCUUGGGCAAAGGGGAACAUGCCGUUUGUUUUUCCCUUGACCGAGCACGCUGUAUAUGCAUACUUCGAGGAGAAGAAAUCGACAGCAGCCGCGACAUCGUUCAGGAGCCUUCUUUCUUCCGUUGCUUUUGCUCAGCAUGUGGUGGGCCUGGAAGGGUGUGACAAGGUUUACACUUCGGGUCGCGUCCGCGGCCUUGCGUCGAAGCUUUUCAUGCAGAAGAGGAAGCUCAAGCAGCGGAAUCCCCUCAGGGUCUCCGAUGUCAUUCUUUUUGAAAGGAUUUGCUGCAAGCUUGAGAACAGGUCUUUGCAGGACCGCAUCGCUGCAGGCUUCUUUCUUUUCUUGAUCUAUGCAAGAGCUAGAUACAGUGACGGGCAAAAUGUAGCAUCGCUGACUGACUCGCCGCUCUACUUGGAGUGCAGUGUGGGCAGGUCCAAGACGAGUUUCACUUUGGAACGCAAGACCAGGUACUUGCCGAUGGCUGCCAGGAAGGUGGGCGUCAGUUGUGCAUGGGCCGAUGCUUGGCUUGAGGCUAUGGCAGAAGCGGGUCUUACGAUCAAGAAGAACGACCCGCUGCUCCCCUGCCCUUCCUCGAAUGGUUCUUGGAAGAUGGUCCCGCUUCCGUGCGAUCAGGCGUGCUCGUGGCUCAGGAGCCUGCUGGGGAACGCUCAGAGCGAUCCCUACCUUGCGAAUGUGGGAACACAUAGCCUUAAGAGAACUUUGCUGAGUUGGGCAAGCAAGCGUGGUCUGCCCAGAGAACAGAGGGCCCUCUUGGGGUAUCAUACGUCCCGAGCCUCGGGUGCGGGAUCAGAGCUGAUCUAUGAGUCCGAUGCCCAGUCGGCUCCGCUCAGGGCUUUGUCAUCUAUGAUCGACGAGGUCUCGUCCGGGACUUUCAAGCCUGACAAACCAAGGGGGCAGCAACUUGCUUCCGAGCUGUCGGCAACUGCCGACCCCCCUGGCGAUGAGAUCGAGUCGUCAGACUCUGAGGGCUCCGAGGACGAGGAGGAGAUUGACCACUCGGGAGACGAGGCUUGUGCUGCUGAGGCUUUGGACUGGCAUGGGAAGGUCGAUCUCGACAAGAUUGAUCCCUCUUGUGUCUUCUUUCGGCAUCGCCAAUCCAGGGUAGUGCACAUCACUGCCGACGAAGCCGGUGCCAACCUGGGCUGCGGUAGGGCCAUUUCGGGUCAGUACAGGGAGCUGGAGGCGCGACCCGCAAUUUUGCAUCCAAGGUGCAAGCAGUGCUUCAGGAAGUACUUGAUUGUGCAGCAGGGCACAUGA